AUGACCGACAAUCUCGUAGAGUUCACUGCAGAUAUUGAUUUAAAAAAAUUGACCGAAGAACAUAAAAACACGGCAAUAAUCCUGGACUUUUGGGCUGCCUGGGCACAGCCAUGUGAACAAAUGAACGAAGUAUUUGCGGAAUUAGCAAAAAAGCAUGCUUCCCUCAAAUUUAUCAAGAUUGAAGCAGAAAAGUUCCCAGAGACUUCUGAAUCCUUCGAGAUCGUAGCAGUGCCGAGCUUUAUCGUUCUCAAGAACGGAAAGGUUGUGGACCGCGUUGAUGGAGCGAAUGCAUCAGAACUCACGAGUACAGUAGAAAAGCAUGCCAAAACUACAACAUUUAAACCUACCCCAGCUCAACCUCGUGAAGCGCCUAAAGUUGAUUUAAAUACACGUCUCAAAGAAUUAGUUAAUACCGAUUCAGUUAUGGUGUUUAUAAAGGGUACUCCGAGUCAACCUCGAUGCGGCUUCACACGACAGCUUGUAGAAAUUCUCAACGAAAACAAUGUGAAGUUUAGUUCAUUUAACAUUUUGACUGACGAAGAGGUCAGACAAGAACUUAUUGGCGGAUUAGACAUUGUGAAAGAAAUGAUUGCCACAGGGAGUUUCAAAGAAAAACUACCGAAAGGAAAGGAUCUUGAUGAGCGACUUCAAGAAUUAACCACAAAGUCGAAAUUAGUUAUAUUCAUAAAAGGUUCACCCGAUGCCCCGCGUUGCGGAUUCACAAGCAUUCUUGAUGGGAAGAAAGCCAAAUACGAAUACUUUGACAUUUUAAGGGAUGACGAAGUUAGAGAAGGAUUGAAAACAUUUGCCAAAUGGCCUACUUAUCCGAUGGUGUUCAAUAAUGGAGAAUUGAUCGGUGGAUUGGAUAUAAUCAAAGAAUUGGAUUCAAAUGGUGAAUUGGAUAGUAUCAUUGGUACAGAGGUCUCUGCCUAA